GUCGACUCCACACAAUGUUAUGGACAAGUAAAGAUCACAAAAGAUUAGCAUGUAGGGUGGCAUGGGACUCAACAAGGUAGUAUUUGAUAUACUACAUUGUUUGAUAAUGGAAAUCAUACCAUGAGUCUGCACACGCAGCCUCCAACAACACAUAUAAGCUGAUUGCUCAACCUACCCCACCCGACAGCUAAACAUCAACUACUCCAUCCAGAUUCUUUAUUCGGUACAGGGCCACCAUUGACAGGAAAACCAUCUACCACAAUGACGGGCUCAACCUCUUACCUCGACGCACUCCAACGGGAUGGCUUCGUCGUCAUCCCCUCGCUCCUCACCGCCGAAGAAGUCGAGCACUUCCGCGCCAUCGCUACAAAAGCAACAACCCUCGCCCGCAACGGCCAAUGGCCUCACUUCCGCACCGUCCCCAAGCACACCCCCGCCUCCGAAGGCGGUAUCUGGGGCGUCCAGCACCUCCUGCACCCACAGAUGCCCGGCCGCACGGAAUUCGCUCGGUUCUAUUUCUCCGGGAAGGUCCUAGCGGUCGCGGAGGAGCUGCUCGGAGUCAAGGGCACAGGGUCAUCGAUCGACGCUACCGAGCCACUGGUGAUGGAACUAUUCAAUCUGCUUGUCGCGCCGGAAACGAAGGAUUUCGAGCUCCGCUGGCACCGCGAUGAUAUUCCUGAGACCGUAUCGCCAGAGGAGGAGAUACGGUUGCUGCAGGCCAAGAGCCCGCAGGGCCGGCAGUCGCAUGCGCAGUAUAAUCUGGCACUGUGUCCGGAUUCCUCGCUGAUUGUGGUCCCGGGGUCGCAUCGGCGGGUACGCACGGAGACGGAGCGUAGUGCUGGGCCAUAUGAGCCUGAACUGCCGGGUCAGUUGGUGGUGGAGCUUCGGCCGGGGGAUGCGGUGUUCUAUGAUAGUAAUAUUCUCCAUCGGGGGUUCGAGGAAACUAGGUUGACGCUGCAUGGAAGCAUUGGGUUGAAGGUGUCGGCGUCAGGGUCCGACGCGGAUGAGAAGGUUCGGGCUACUGCGGUGCUGCAGCACGGUGUUGGUUCGUGGGUGCACCAGGAGGAUGCUGCGUUUGAUAUUGGCGAGCGAGCGGAGAAGAUGAGGGCGAACUUGAUAGCGCUCGGGACGGGCGAGGGCGUCGGAUAUUCUCUACAGGGCUAAAGU